AUGACCAACUCCGAGAGCGAUAGACUAGUCGGGUCUCCAUAUCCGCCGCCGUCACGUCCACCCACCUCACCGCCUAUCCACAUCAAGCACCCCUACCAUGACCAUCCUAUGUUCACCUUCCCUCGUCUGGAUGAAGGCGGCGUUCAUCAUGCCACGGCCUGGGCGGCGUGCUCUGUUAUCGAUGACAAUCGUUGGACCGGUUAUCUCUCACUGGAUAAGGAGGGUGAACAUCGUAUUCUACAUGCACAAAAGAUUCUGAGAGCGCCACAAUAUUACUAUCAGACAUCACCACAGAAGAGGGGUUCGAACUACGCUGUUAUCCCAACGUUUAGCGAGUGGGCCUUUCCAACCAAGGGUCCCCCCCACUGGUGGAAUGAAACUGUGGCUUCCAAUCAAUCAUCAGCACAAGAUGAUGACAGCCUUUGCCGUGCCACUCAAUGCGAGGACGACAUGGAAGAUACACAUCUGAUUCCAAUGGCCGAGAGGAGGUGGUUCAGCAAGUACAUGUGGACGUAUUCUGCCACAAAGAUUCGAGACAAGAUGCAAGAUCCAGACAAUAGUGUGCGGUUGGGUGGGGACUUGCGGGCCGCGCUUGAUGCGAAGAUGUUCACCGUUGUGCCCAUGAAAAGCCGCUGGGUGGGCUACUGCAUGAACGCCGAUCCUGAUUCUGAGCUUACUCGCCUUCACCACGGAGUGGAAUUACCUCGAAUGCGUGACCUGGGCUUCCAUACCCACUUCCUCUACGCACGUUUCGCGUACACAGUUUUCGAGCAUUUUCGAGCAUUCUUACGAUCUGAUUCCUCCAAAUUAUUGUACCUGCGCAUCGACCAAAACGCGACACUGCAGUAUUAUUGUGAUCCGGAAGGUUGCGGGGAGCGCGCCGAGGGGACAGCAGUGCAGGUCGCAUCUCCAGAACCGGUCGGAUCUCCCAUUCUCGGCCUUAGGCGACGAGAUCCUAAUAAUCCCAACGACGCCGUACUUGACGACGAUGAAAUGUGGUUUCAUGAAUAUCUCGAACUAAAGAGGGGUCGGGCAGCUGAAAAAAGUAGCAUCGAGGAUAAGAAGAGCAAAAUAGAGGAUGAGGAACCCGAGUAUGAGGAGAUCAAAUUUGAGGACGCAGAAACUGAGUACGAGGAGAUCAAGUAUGAGGAUGAGGAUAAGGACGAGGAUGAGUACGAAGAAAUCAAUGAUGAGGAAAUCAGGGACGCCCAGGUUUAUGAGGAGACCAGCUCAAUCAUCGCUGGGAUCAGCCGCAGACUUGGCCUUAAACAAGCUGCUGAGCUGAGCUGUUGGUGA